UUCCUCCACGCCCUCCUCCGCGAUGCCCGCGGCUGCGAGCGCCCCGCCCACAUCGACCUGAACCACUUCAUCGGCAACAACAACGGCCACUUCCAAUGGGGCGGCCACAACUUCAUCGAGUCCGCCCGCGGCGUGCACUUCGACGUCGAGGGCGGCGCCCACGUGCCCGUCCUCCGCGCUGAGCUCCGCGACGAGCACGGCCACUGGCACGUCGCCGAUGUCAACCUCGCCGAGCGUCUGUUCAACAUCGACGGACACUUUGAGUUCCGGUAG